AUGUCAUUAACUUAUUUGCUGUGGAAUGGACUAGAAAUGAACCUAGACUAUUAUCAAUGUCCAACUGAGCCGAAACCAUCUGAAAUUCGAAGAGAGUUGUGGGGAGCCUAUUUUUGCUGGACAGGGUUAAUACUGAUACUACUGUACCUUAUCUGUUUCAUCGCCAUCGCAUCCCAUGAAUUGAUGAAAACGCCGGCUUAUAAAGCGAUGUUUGUUCUUGGAAUCUUUUAUUUGUUAUCCAUCCUAAUUGGCUCGGUGGUUACUGGGAUUCUUGGAUUUGCUGGAGUUUCUUAUUGUGACUUCCCGCGUCUUAUAUUCAUACUGGGAGCUAUUGGAUACGGGUCAUGGAUGGCGUGUUGUAUAACUAGUUUGAAUUUAGCGGUUAUCAGAAUUUGUGAUUUUUGUGAGUUGAGAAUCCAUAAGCUUUUCGAAGGCUCCAGAAUUUACGUUUCGUUAUUUUUCUGCUGCUCUUAUGGAUUCUACGGUAUCUUUCUAACCAAACCACUACUUUUCUCAUCGGCUUACAUGUCCUGGUUUUUUGAUCCGGGCCUUGGAAAGAAUCCUGCUCUCUACAUAAAUUUCGCUCAAAUCUUCAACAACUUCUCUAUGGCCAUCGGUACAGUAACCUUGAAUGGAUAUCUGGCUUACUUGUUCAUCAAAAAGCCGGGGUCAAAUUCUAACGAGUUUUCUAAAUAUAAAAUUAAUGUCCUCCUCCAAGCCUUUCUUUUUUGCAUAUUCCAUUUCAUCUGCGCUCUGAUGUACACCUACAUGCAGUAUAUAUCAGCUCCAGAAGUGUUGAUUCUAGUUACACAAGUGACGUGGCAGUAG